UCCACCCCGUGUUUUCAGAGCAUAAGGGCGAGAGUCCCUUGCAACCACAUGCUACGUUAUUGAUUCGUCGAACCGACAGAAUUAUAACCUAUAUAUGCAAUGGGUUAAGAGGUUAUAGCACUCAGGAAUUGAAACGAUUUACUCACGAUUUAAAGUGCUCUGAUUACGACGUCUGUCUUCGGAAAGUGUUCUUCCAAUUAUUGAAACAUUUAGUGAUCAACAAGUUUGAGAUAUAUUUAAGGAAAAACGAUGGCAGGAAAGGCACCCGAAUUGUCCAGGAACGGUCACGAGCUGGCUCCGCUGAAUAACGCAAGGAACGGUCCGGAAACCGGUAAACCUGGUGUGACUAUUGUCCUUCAGGGUCCGAGGGGUUCGAUCAUUUCACGUGGUAGCAACCAGGCUGAUGGGGAUCCCGACAGGGCAGCAUGGUCCGGAAAAAUGCAAUUCUUCUUGUCAAUUAUCGGUUAUUCCGUCGGUUUGGGCAACAUCUGGAGGUUCCCUUAUCUUUGCCAACAAAACGGAGGAGGUGCGUUUCUGAUUCCGUUCGCUGUGAUGUUGAUAUUGGAAGGAAUUCCGCUAUUCCUAAUCGAAUUGGGAAUCGGUCAGAAAAUGCGGCUGGGCUCCCUGGGGGUCUGGAAUACCAUACACCCCUGGCUGGGGGGCAUCGGAAUCUCCUCCUGUCUGGUUACGUUCUUUGUGGCGUUGUACUACAAUGUGAUUAUUACAUGGUGUUUUUACUACUUUUUCAACAGUUUCCAGUAUCCGUUACCGUGGGAACACUGUCCUCGCAUAAACGGCACCGUGGUUACGGAAUGCGACAAGUCUUCGGCGACAGCGUACUACUGGUACCGCGUCACCUUGGAUGCCUCCCCGUCCAUCGAAGAUCCGGGCAUGCCGAAAUGGUGGAUAGUACUGUGCCUCCUCCUGUCCUGGGUCGUCGUCUUCUUCAUCGUGAUGAAGGGCAUUCAAAGCUCCGGAAAGGUCGUGUACUUCACGUCGAUGUUCCCGUAUAUCGUGCUAACAAUAUUCUUUGUGCGCGGGAUCACCCUGCCUGGCGCCGGAGCCGGCGUUACUCACAUGUUAACGCCGAAGGUGGAAAAGCUGUUGGAUCCGAAGGUGUGGCUGGACGCGGCCACCCAGGUCUUUUACUCCUUCGGUCUGGCUUUCGGAUCGCUGAUCGCCUUCGGCAGUUACAACACGCCGAAGAACAAUUGCGUACGCGAUGUGAUUCUGGUGUCCGUGUGCAACGCUAUCACGGCCAUUUACGCCAGCGUUGUGAUCUUCGCCAUCCUCGGUUUCAAGGCCGUGAGCAACGUCAAUAAAUGCAUUGAAGACAAUAAAAUCCUACUUAUGAAUAACGCCAUAAUUUCCAAAAUGGAUCCGUCAAAGGUGUCCGAUGAAAUUUACGAAAACGCCAUAUCCAAAGUCAACUCCACCCUCGGAAUAAGACCGUGUUCUUUGGCCCGGGAACUUGAUGCGGCUGCCGAAGGAACAGGUCUGGCUUUCAUUGUCUUCACUCAAGCCAUUGUUGAACUGCCCGGUGCACCAUUUUGGGCCGUCAUCUUCUUCAUGAUGCUUCUCUCUCUGGGCAUCGGGUCACAAAUUGGCAUUUUAGAGGGGAUGCUUUGCACCGUCUUCGACAUCGAGAUUUUCAAACGGAUAAGCAAGCAGUACGUCACAGCUACUGUCUGCAUAAUCUGCUUCAGCGUCGGAAUAAUAUUCACGACGGGAGCAGGAGAAUAUUGGCUUAGCAUGUUUGAUUCCUUUGCCGGAACGAUUGGUUUGGUUGUGGUGGCUCUCCUUGAAAUGAUAUCGGUCGUUUAUGUAUACGGACACGAGAAGUUUACCAAAGACAUCCAGGAAAUGACUGGUGUGAAACCAGGACUAUAUUGGCAAAUUUCCUGGCGGUAUUUGGCACCUGGUAUUAUGGUUGUUAUCCUCGUAUCCUCUAUUAUUUCCAUGUCCAUUAAUCACCCUUCGUACGCCGCUUGGAGCGCAGAAAAGGGUGACGUGGUGAAUACGCCGUACCCCGGUUGGGUGCUGGCCAUUGCCAUAUCUAUGGUGCUGGCCGGCAUCCUGCCGAUUCCGAUAGUGUUCCUGCUGAGACGGUACCAGUGCUUGAAGAUGGACAUCAACAUACACGAGGGAUCGAUAAGGAGAAUCGAUACGACCGUCUCAACGAAAGAAAUGAUCACGGACGUCGACAUUGAUUUCGACGAGUGUGGCCUGGGGGCGUUCCACGACGUGGACGACAGCAGCGACGACGACGACGGGCCGCAGCUGAACACCAGCCUCGGUCGCAGCUUCCGUGCGGAGCACGCAUGCCAUUAUUGAAAGAGAUGUCUUUAUUAAUCUCGUGGAAGAUGCCAAUUCCACACGACAAUAUGUGAUACGACACGUAGGUUUUUAUUCGUGGUGAUUUAUAUUGUUGAUUGAGUUUACCGGGGUGGGUCAUGAAUGUAAGUUUUGUUUUGUUUUCUUGGCGCUUCAUGAAGUCUGUAACCGUAAAUUUAAUGGCUAUUAAACCAUAUUGUGCUGGUUUUGUCGUUUAUAGAAAGGUUGAUUUCGAUUUAUGUUUUAAUGUGUGUGUUGUAAAUGAUGAUGGUAAAUAAAUAGUUAUGUAAAAAAGGUAAUUUAAAUUUAAUAAAUAUGGAACUGGAACCCGUAUCUCAACUGUUAUAUGUAGAAAAUAUAGCUGGUAAAAUAAUAUAAAUAAUUAAACUAGAAAUAAUACAGUAGAAAGGAGUAAGUAGGAAAAUAUAAUAAUUAAUGAUAAUUAAUUUUCGAAUUUUAUCUUUCUUUAAACAGAACUGGCAAACAAAAAUUUUAUAAAACUGUUAAAAUUGAAUAAACCAGUAUCAUUUUUAGUUCCAGUAAAAAAUGUGAUACAAUUCUAUUAAACUGUUAUAGAGAUCUUGUGAUUUUCUAUAGGAGUUCGACAAAAAAAAUUCAGGCACUAAAUGAAUUUUCUGUGAAUAUACAUUGUAAGUUUAUACAAUUUUUAGUGCCUUUACAAAUCAAAUGCGUUCGUUAAAUAUAUUAGGGUCCCAGGUUUUUUAUAUUUUUCGCAGACUGUUAAAAUCUAUUGCUGAAAAACAGGGUACAGAUUUUUCUAAAUUUAUCCGAAACUUAAACAUAUUGUUGCACACCAACUUUUAUUUAAAGAUUGCACUCUCAAUAACCGAGUCAAUUUUUUAAGGACAUCUCUUGUACAAUAAUAUCCUGUUGUUAAAUUUAGGUUAGUUGUUGUACACAAUUUAAAUGUAAUCUAAAUGAUGUAAAUAGUGUAUAUAAAUAUUUAUUUUAUUUAGCAUUGAGACUACAUAAAAUGUAUUAAAAUAAAACGUUAUAAACGUAUGUUAAUAUUAAAUUUUAUAGUAUAGUGCCAAAAAGUUGUAAAUUUCCGUACGAUGGUGAGAUAAAAUUUAAACAGAUAAUAUUAGUAAUACAACAGAAUGAUUUUCGGUGUUAUAGUUUCAGCAGAAAAGUCUCACAGUGCGGAAGUAACCAGUUGCAUGAAUAAGUGUUCCUUUAAUGUGCUUUCCUAUUAGUCACUUUCGUUUAAUAUUAUAUAUUUAGGUGAUAUAAUUACAACUUUGGCUCAAUACUAUACACAAGGAAUUGCACACCAAAUUAAUAAAUAACAGCGGAUUUAUGAUAAAAUCUGGUGGUAUUUUGUUGUGCAAUUUAUAAUUUUGAUAGUAAAAAUGAAAUUGUAUGACAACUGUCCACUAAACCAAAGAAAAUUGUUACCUAGUUAUACAAAAGAACUAUAUCAACGUGAUCAAAUUGUUUCUUUAGAUAUUUAUUUAUUGUUUUGUCUAUUUCUUGUGUUUCCAUAUAUUUAGGCGUAGUCCUGUGAUUUUGCGGUUAUUCAUUAAUUCGGUGUGAUACAAUCCAUAGUUUUAAGAAGAUGAUAAGCUUGUUGAUAUUAGCUAUAGUGAGGCAGCCUUACACUAGGUUGUUGAUAGGCCAAUUAUCUGAACGAGAAAACAAUAAUUAAUAUUAAAAUCACAUAAAUGUAGUGUCCAUUCUCAUUUACAUUUUUCUUUUGAUUAUUUCCCUGUCGGUGAAUAAACUUUAUACUUUUC